AUGUGGAAAAGCUUUCCAAUCUUGGAUCGUAAAAAGAAAUCCAAGGAGAAGAAAUUAAAAAUUGCUAAGGAUUUAUAUUUACGUAGUAAAUGCCCAUAUGGCCUGCAGAGCAAUGACUCUCCGAGUCUAGAUGAAGAUGAAAUAGCGAAAAUUAAAGAUGAAGAGUCACAGAAGUCGGCUAAAAAAUGGCUCAAAAAUUAUAUCAAAGAUUUACGUGAUACACCGAAAAAAGAUGGAGCCAUUAUCUCCCAUUUAUGGAAAAAUGCUACUACACAUGCUGAAAAAAUAUGUUCUAGUAUUAGCAAAGUUGGCAUAACCAGGCCUUUAGGUGCCUCUACUUGGUGUAAUGGCUAUCUUAAUGCAUUAGAUAAAAUUGCAGACUCCAUUCGUUUGAAAUUAUCAGAUCUACUUUUAGAAUUGUCUAAGCUUAAUGUAGAAUAUAGAAAUGAGUUAUAUAAAUUAAUUAUGAAGUCACAAAAAUGCAAGACCAAUGUUACGAUUUUGGAAGAGUAUAUACUUCGAUAUAACCUGGAGUCAGAAUGUGAAGCAUUAACAGAAUUCCGAAAUACAUGGUACAAAGCAAUUGGUCUUGAGAUUGCACGUGUUCAAGCGGUGUCAAUCAUGCAGAGUAGUAAAAAAGAUGACUCAUCCGAAGCGGAUAUUGAUGAGAUUAUCGACCUAUAUUGUUAA